AUGUACACUGAGGUCAAAGAGCUCGUAAACUUUUUGGCCAAGUACCUUAUAGGGAAAAUCCCACGCCGACCGGCCAGCCUCUUCACGUGCCAACUUGCCAACUUCCUAAUCUGUCGCUUUCGAGAGCACAAGUGGGACUUGAACGACCCGUCGAAAGAUGAACAUCAUCGUGUCAUUCGCUCGAAAGUGAAAGGGUUCACCGAUCAACUGAUCAUAUCCGCUGCAACCGAAAUGGGGCUCAGCGCUGAAGAGGUCUUGGAAUGCAUUCCAGAUAAUAUUUUGCUGUUCGCGAAUCCUGGUGAAGUAUUCUACCGAGCUGGUGAGAAUGCUGCUGCGGUGCCCAUUUGGACAGGAGAAAAAGGAGUAGAUCCAGAUCUUAAUUAUUGUUCCUUACCUGCCUUCGUUACAAAUCCAACAUGUGCGGCGUCGAUAUCUCCUACGUCAAAUAUGGGUGCAGCCGGGAGACCCUUCUACGUUGGCAGAUCGCGCAAAAAUGAUGCAGCGUGUGAAGUUGAAGAUGCAUACGUUCAACUGAAACUCGAGCCAGUCCACUCUUCAAACGCGGAUGAUAAUGUAGUACUACCGCAGUCGAAUCUCAUGAUGUUUUCCUACACGCCAAAGAAUCACGUCUCUUACACGAUCAAGGAGUUUUCUGCGACGCGGUUUGGUAGCCAUCGUCAGCGUCCAGACCAUGACGUAAUGAAACGCAUUCAGCGUCAGGCAGCCAACCGCGGUAUGUUGUCAGUACAUGUCAAUCGACUCGGAGGCGAUACACAAUUUGUAGAAGCUAAAAACGUGGAA